UUUCAGAGACACUGAUACCUUGCCCUACUGUGCCACAGACUUAGAAUGAAAAUGACCUCAGAAUAACUAUUUUCAUCAUUUUCAGUAAAGGGAAGUGAAUAUCUUCGGCCAUUCCUCAUGCAUGGAACUGUCCUCCAUUAAAGCUUGGCACAUAUAACAUAAAACAAUGGACUUCAGUAAUGAAAGAAAUAUCCUGGAAAAUGGCACCUGUAACCCUCAAAUCGAUAUGGAUUUAUUUUUGCAUUAUUCUAUUAUCCCAUCAGUUCUAAUAAUACUGGCACUUUCAUUUCUGGAGAGACGCAUUAAUAGGACACGAUUUGAUGAUAAAAUACAAUUACUUGAUAGAAGGUUUGGAUUUGUAAUUCCUCUAGAUCUUAUAGGGACCUUUAAAAAUAGAUGGACAUUUGGUUUUGCCUUCGGGGCAAUCGCAAACAAAGUAAUGUCACUGUUUUCUGAGGAAUACCUGCCACCAGGCGUGCCACCAUGGGCAAAAGCACUUGGCCUUUUAGUGGGAGCUAUUGAAGUUGGACUGUCUUAUUACCCAAUUUUUGCAUGUCUCACUACAAACAAUAAAAUAAUCGGAUCCCUAAUAGGAUUUCUUUAUACUCUUAUCUGGUUUAUAGUCACAAUGAUUGCCAUUGCAUCAUGCCCUCAUGGGGAGAUCGUAGGUCAGUAUGAAAAGGUUAUUUUUUAUUGGCCAGCUCUCCUGUGCUUGAUCUUCCUAAUUGGACGGUUUGUUCACAUAUUUAUAAAAUCCAUUCGAAUACUGCUUGGAGCUGACAUCAGAGAUGAAGAAACAUUAUUUCUACCAAUCCAUCAAGCUGAGCAUGUAAAACGGCUCUUCAGAAAACCUGUUGAGGUGCAGAAAACCUGGUUUGAAAGUAAAAUAUAUACAUGGGAUCCAUGUUUUAAGUUUCCAGGAAGAAUGAUUGGCACUACUGUGCUAUCGCUGUUUUGCCUUUACAUUUUUGUCACCAUAGAGUACAGUGCAUUCGGCAUUAUUGUAGAACUGGUCCACAGUUGGGAGGCACAGAUGGAAGAGAUGGCACCUGAUAUAUCUUGGGAUGCAUACAAUAAUACCCUUGCCUCCUUUAAGGAGUUUAAUAGCAACUUAGUGGGUGUCUGGUUUUUCACUACAUUCUUAUCAUGCGCAGUCACUGUGUCAUAUAUCUUUCACAUUUUAGUUUGCUACAGAAAACAUAUGAAAAGACUGUGGAUUGGAGAAAAGGGGUUUCUUCCUAUAAAAUAUCACAACCCUUCACCUUCUGAGUCAGUUGCUGCUAUAGCAAGAUACACUGGCUGGCAGUUAGCGUAUAUUUUAUGGGGUUACUUGAUACUACACACAGUUCAGGGCAUGUUUGGCAUGGCUUUUGUGUAUGCAUUUGUUGUUCCAAUAAAACGCGGACAAGCUCUGAUAUUUCUAAAAGGUUUGGGAAUCGCUGUCCUUACAAUUUUUAUUGUUAUUUUGCUGAUGGUUCUGCAAGUUGUGUUAGCUGGGAAGUUCUUUCUACAAAAUAAAAUAUCACCAGAAGAUAAACAGAAGCCCCUAGCUCUAAAUAACAGGAAAGCCUUCCAUAAUUUCAAUUAUUUCUUCUUCUUCUACAAUGUAAUCCUUGGUUUGAGCGCUUGCCUAUUUCGACUCUUCUGUAGUUUGAUUUUGGGGACUUGGCUGAUUGCAAGGAUUGACAGGACAAUACUGCAACGUGGAUAUGAGUCAGCUGAUAUGGGUUACAAAACAUGGAUUGGGAUGAUAUUUGUGGAUCAUUAUCAUACAAACCCAGUUCUUGUAUGUUUUUGCAACAUUCUUCUCACAACAAAAGCUGAAAAAAGACUGAGAGCAUUGACAACAUAUUGUAAUGGUUCAUCAGGACCUCGCACAUCAGUUAAAGCUAGAACAAGAUGGCUUCUAUUUUACACCCUUUUGAAAAAUCCCAGACUUAUAAUACAAAGGAAACUAAAAGAAAUGUGUGACACAGACAUGGACAAUACUAUGAUACAAUCCAGAAUUAUCCAGGCUUCUUUAAUGGAGGUUGAAAUAAGAAGUACCCAAGAAAAGCCAAUUGAUCUAAAUAAUGUGCAAAUCAGGGAAAGACAUUUAAUACUUGAGUAGGAUCUACCAUAAAAUAAAAUAAGUAUUUAACAUAACUUUGUAGAAUUUGUUAUAUGUGAUGAAGUAUAAUGUAUAUACAGCUGUAUUACAGGAGUGAUAACACAGAUGUCAAUAAAUAUAUUCUACAACUCAGGCACAGACGCUGCACUACACUGUAUGAACAUAUUUACCAUAUUAAACGACUUUUGAGGA